GAUAGGAAUUGCCAAGAUCUUUGCACGGUUUAUUUCCGAGUUUUGCUCGGUUCCUGUCACAAUUUGCCAGAAAACGCGAGCGAAACCGAGUUCGCCCUAGUUCAGCUAACCCGACAGCCCAGUUAAACACAUUCCGGAACCGGUUCGGAUUUCUGAAUGGAGUCAGUAUGGAUUCCAACUUAAAUGCAACAACCGAUUCCGACUCAAUCGGUUUCAGAAUCGGUUGUUGCAUUUGAGUUGGAAUCCAUACUGACUCCAUUUAGGAUUCCGAUCGAAUUCCUAAUGGUUUGACCGGAAAGAUACGCGCAGAAAUAUGACAGGGCGGCUAAUCCAAGACUGACAGCAAUAUGGCAGAACGGUCUCUACCAGAAAAUUUGGUGACAGGACAGUACGUUGUGUCACUGGAAUCGAAAUACAAAUUAAAAACCAGCCAGAAUUCCGGCUGAACUUUACUGGGUGUCCGACCGUUAGGCCUAUUUCAAAUUUUAGGAUCGAAUUUUGUUUUGAACUUUUCGUCGUCCAAUCCAAGUCUGUCAUGAAAUAUCUCGAAAACACCCAAAAUCGUCGUUUGAUUUCAAAAGGCCAAAUUUUAAAUCGAAAUAAUGAACAAAAGUUGGAAAUCGUUCGAUUCGCUCAUCUCAACACCAAGCUAUAGGAAAUCAACGCGCAAAAUUCCACUUCGGGCAACAAGUAGCGCAUCGCGAGCCCUCGCUCAGCGGAAAAGAAUUAUAGAAAACGAUACCUCCAAACUCGACGAGAAUUCUACUUGUAGCAAGAAACUGUUCCGUUCUAUUCAGGGAUCCUUGCUAGAUGAUGAAUCGACGAUCGAAGACGCUUCGGACGAUGAGAAAACGAUUACUCUCACUAACAGAAGCAAAGAAGUGACAUUGGAAUCUUGUGCACCGUCACUGCAAAUAGAAGAAGAAACAUCCUCUAAGCACCUUCUAUCGGACAUCGAAGACGUUUCCGAUGGCGAACCAUCUGGUAUGAAGAGGGAAGAAAUCCUCGAAACUGAAUCCUUCAAUAAAUCGGAUUGCGAAUCCAUCCGCUGUAAACGUACGAAAGUGACAAGGUUGGAUUUCUGCAGUCCUAGAACACACCGUUGCAUUCGAAGGAUAACUGACGAUGUAUUUGUAAUAUCAAAUGCUACUGAACGUGAGCCAACUUCAGAGAAAUCUCACAGGUUAAAAACAUUUGACGAAAACAACUUGGAGAAGAGGUUUCCGAAGACACCAAUUAAUCAGCAGGGAUCCGCUUGGAAAAGAUUGAAUGAAUCAUUCAAAUCACCCAAGAAAACGAUUGCAGCAAACCGGAUUUCGUCAAGCGAAAAAUGGUCAUCUUUAAAUGAAACCUUUAAGUCAAGUCCACCAGUAGAAAUUGAAAAUUCAGGCAAGUCUCCAAAGGAUUAUGAAAUCGAGGACGUCGAUGAUAUUAUAAUUCAGCAAGUUCCAGAAAGUAACCAGCAUUCUUCCGAACUUUAUACUAAUCGCGACUUGGUUUACCCAAAACCACCAACACCCAAAGUGAAGUUUCGUAAGGGUUGUCAAUUGUCUCGGUUGUACAUGAUUUUAAACGAAAAAAUUUCCAGACAAACUCUCUGGCUUCAUGAACGUCAGCUGGGCUUAGUUGGCAGAAAGACUCCUGUAAAAAUCGAUUCUGUAGUUAAAAUUUUCGGCCGAAUCGCUAUUAGCUACUGGGAGCCGGACAAAAAUGAUCCAUCAAUUCGGUUAGAGCACAUUUUAUAUUUAGAUCCAGCCGAGAAACAAAUCAAAUAUAUUACCAAAGGGACUUUGGUAGAAGUCGAAUACGAUUUUGAACCGCAUACAUUGGACCGGCGGAAAGUGGUACAUUUAGGAGUGUGUAAAAUAAAAGUUUUUGAACGAUAAAAAUACAAAUUAUAUUCCACUGAUAUUAUAUAUCAGUUUAUUUUAUAUUUCACUGAUACCCGUAUCUACAAAUUCGCGUUUUUUGAUCAUGAUUACAAUGAUCGAAUGUCGAUACAAGUGAAGGGUAGGAAAAUAUAAAAGGUAUAAAAACAAACCUUUAUUGUAACAAAAUAAUUAAAUUACAAUACAAAGUGCCAUACUUAAUAUUGACAAUAAAUCCUGUGUAAAUUUUUCAAA